AUGGGCGUUUCACAGAAAACGAAAGGCGAAUUGAAGAGUGUCUCGGAACGCGUUCAGGCUCUAGAAGACACGGUCGCCGAGCUCCGACAGCGAACCGCCAAGGAAAGGGAGAUCCAAGUACAAUUGCAACGCGCCCAAGAUCUGCGGGCAACUGAGUCUCAAACCGCUUGUGCCUUGGCUCAGAGGGAAGCUGAAGAACACCGGGCUGCUGCGAUGACCUGGCAGGAGAAAGCGAAUCUUCUGUCGACGAAAUUGGAGGAGACACAGGAGCAGCUUCGUGCGAGUGAAGAGCAGGUGAAGAAGCUUUUGCCUUGCGCUGACGUCGAGGCCCUUCAAAGGGAGCUCAACCUUCUCCGAGCCGCCAACGCCGAUCUCGUUUCGCGAUCCGAUGAUGUUAUGGGCAGGUAUAAACGAGGGGAACUUACCGAUGGAGAAAGGGAGUUGGUACAAUAUGUGGUGGAGCUGACGGAAACCUCCAAUGAACAGCGCAUCAUCGAGAAAGAGAACGAGAUUCGCGAUCGAGUCAACCAACUGGCCGCCUGCCAGGCUCGUAUCAAGUUGCUGCAGAGACGAGUGGCCGAAAUGUUGGAAAAGAAUGGAGCAGAGGCUCGCCCUUUGCUCAAUAUUCGAUCCUUGGCUGUCGAAGGUCCGUCGAAGCACGAUCGCCCCCAGUCUCCUGAGACUCCGCCCAGAAUCCAAGUUGAAGAGCCAUCUUUCACUAAACUCGCUCAGGAAACGGCGUCCGACGAUUAUAAUGGUCACUCACCACUUACGGAUCUCUCGCAGAUCAGCCAGUUUUCGGAUAAGGCGAAGAAACGGCCCCGUCCCAAGUCGCUUGUUUCUUCUGAGGCAGCAGUAGUCAGGAAACGGCCGAUUUGGUACUCGUUUUCGCAGGCCAAAGAUACCUCGAAGCAACCAAGUAUGGGCAAUGUGAACGCCGGUCCCAAAUCUGGUUCCUCGAAGAAGGUUCGUUCCGCAAGUCCGAUGGGGUGA